AUGAAGGUCUUGAUCAUAAUUACACUGCUCAUAUUUGGAAACCAUGCUGUUCCUGAUGGGUAUGGAGCAACAGGAGGUUUGUCUCGCGAAGGAAGUAUUGCUAGAGGAGGAGGAUUCUCUGGCAGAGGACAAGUCUCAAGUGGAAUAGCAUCAUCUAGUGGAGGAAGAUUUUCUAGUGUAGGAAGAGCCUCUGGCGGAGGAGGAUUCUCAAGUGGAGGCCGAGUUUCCAGUGGAGGCGGAUUCUCCGGUGCGGGAAGAGUCUCUGCUGGAGGAUUAUCUGGAGGAGGAGGAUUUUCUAGUGGAAGAGGAUUCUCGAGUGGUGGAGGAUUCUCGAGUGGUGGAGGAUUUUCUAGUGGAAGAGGAUUCUCGAGUGGUGGAGGAUUUUCUAGUGGAAGAGGAUUCUCAAGUGGUGGAGGAUUUUCUAGUGGUAGUGGAUCUGGAGGUUGUAGCGCAGGAACGGUCCUACAUGUGGAUGGAUCUUGUGUCACCCCCGAAAUUACAAGAAGUGUGUACGUGUACGACGCUCCUGUACAACCCUCAGCUCCAAGUGGGCCACCACCAAGGAUUCCACCGCCAAGGGUUGACCACAAUAUCGUCUUUGUGCGUGCUCCUGAGAGAGGCGCCGGUCCCGAGCCUAUUGUUGUACCACCGCCACAGCAAGAAAAUAUCAUAUACGUGCUCAACAAGAAUGAAGGAGGAGAAGGACAGCGAGUUAUCGAAGUACCAGCUCCUCCUCCUUCUGAACCCGAGGUGUUCUUCGUCAACUAUGCUGAUGGCGAAAAUCCUCAACUCCCAAUUGGCGUGGAUCUUCAAACUGCUCUUCAAGCUGCAGCCAACGGAGGAGGACAAGUCGUCGGUGGCGCUGGAGUUGCUGGAGGAAGUGGAGUUGGACUGGGUAGUAGUGGAGGCUUUGGAGCUAGUAGAGGCUUUGGCGGAACAGGAGGUGGAUUUAGCGGAAGUGGAGGAUUUGGAAAUGUGUUUGGAGGCAGCGGAGCAUUCGCUGGAACAGGAGGGAUUGGUGGAGGAUCAGGAGGAGGUGGUUUUGGCAAUGGAGUAAGUCAAGCGGGUGGAGGAUUUGUUGGUGGCUUCGGAGACAGCGGAGAAGUGGUUUUCGCCGGAGGGUCAGGAGGGAGUCGCCUUAGUGCUCCAACAUCAACUUACAGUGCUCCCUAAAGAGUACGUGGUUCAAUAGUUCUAAACCAAUGUUGCUACUCCUUAAUAGGUUUAAAGUAAGGCAUAUACUAUGUAUAUUGCUUAAUA